GUCAUAAUUAUGACCAUCAUCUUUUCAUGAAGAUAUAGAGCUAACCAGCUGUUAAAUUCCGUUUGCUAAGCAUUGGUCACAAUUCUGCACAUCUAUUGAAUGACUAGGCAAAGAUUACAACGUCAUCUGUUGAGUCUACAAGUAACUAAAGACAUUGCAUUCCAAAAUGGACGACCCAACUACAAACAGAGCAGAUAAAUCUUUCAAUGUAGAAAGGGAUGCAGCAACACUCCUAGAUCUGAUUGAGAAUGGGAAUCUCUCAGAAAUUGAAGACAUCAGUGAUGAUGAUGAUACAGACAUCAUCCUACCCAAUGUGACAAGCGCUGCUGAGAGGGUCGGUGCUGAAGUUAUUCGACAUAACCAAGAACAACAACUUGAAGAAGAGACGUUUUUGGAGGAAGAAGAAAUACCAAUCAACUAUGAACACUUCACAACUCCAAGAGAGAGGGUGAAAUGGAGACGAAAGAAAUUCACACAGCCACCAAUGGAGCCAUUUGAGACUCCAGUGAAGGAUGAUCCAGUUCUCAGAAGUCCUGUUGAGUACUUUAAAAAUUAUUUUACAGAUGAACUUUUUGAAGAAUUUGCAACAUACACUAACAUGUAUGCACUGCAAAACAAUGUGUUGGGCUUUAAGCCUACAAAUGCUAUUGAAAUUAGAGCAUUAUUUGGACUCCAUAUUGCAAUAGGAACAUUGAAGUUUCCAAGAAUAAACUUAUUUUGGGAUAGAUUAUUGGGAAUCAAGAUAUUUCUUGACACUAUGUCUAGGGAUAGAUUCUAUCAGCUUAGAACUAACUUGCAUGUUGUAAAUGUGUUGGACACUCCAACUAACUGUGAAGAUAGAAUUCAUAAAGUUCGCCCUGUUUAUGAUUCUUUGAAAAAAAGAUGUCUUGAAUUAGAUUUAGAUGAACUACUCUGUGUAGACGAACAAAUAAUCCCAUUUCGCGGUAAAUUGAAUAUAAAACAGUAUACUAAGGGCAAACCAAUGCCAUGGGGAGUCAAACUAUUUGUUCUUUGUGGGAAGUCGGGUCAAGCCUUUGAUUUUAUAAUUUAUCAAGGGUCUAGGACAGGUCUCAAUGAGGAUAAUUUGAAAAAAUAUGGGUUUGGUGCCUCUGUAGUUUUGCAUCUUUCAAAUAGGAUAGCUGAACCUGGCCAUAAGUUAUUUUAUGAUAACUACUUUUCCUCUUUCCAUUUGCUCCAACUGUUGAAAGCAAGGAAAAUUUAUGCUGCUGGAACUGUUAGAGUUAAUAGGUUUUGCAAUCCACCCCUCUAUAAUGACAAAGAAAUGAAAAAAAAAGAGAGAGGUGCAAUUGAUGAGCUUGUUACAAUUGAGGAGGAUAUAGUCAUGGUGAAAUGGCUUGAUAAUCGCUGUGUUACCCUAGCAUCAAACUUUGUAGGUUCAAGCACCAUUGAUGAGUGUAAGAGGUGGGAUAGCUCCAAGAAAAUCUAUGUCCAAGUUCCUCGACCAGAGAUAGUAAAAUUGUAUAAUAAUGGGAUGGGAGGGGUUGAUCUCUUAGAUCAAUUGAUAUCUUUGUAUAGGAUAUACAUACGUUCAAAAAAGUGGACAUUACGCAUGAUAUUCCAUGCAGUAGAUUUUGCUUUGUCAAAUUCAUGGAUAGAAUAUAAAAAAGACUGUGAGCAGCUUGAAAUACCCAAAAAAAAGGUUCUUGAUCUGAUGCAUUUCAGAAUGCGUGUAGCUGAAUCCCUGGUCAAAGCUGGAAACCCAGCACCAAGAUCAAAACGUGGCAGGCCAAGUUCUGAUCCACCACCAUUUGAAUCGACCAGAAAACCAAGACAAAAUGAGGAAGUACGACCCAUUGUUGAGGUUCAGAAAGACUUGGUGGACCACAUGCCAUUUUUAGAUAAUGAAGUAGCUGGGAAACGUUGCAAGAAUGGUAUUUGUCAAAAGAGAACCCAUUUCUAUUGUGACAAAUGCAAUGUUCAUUUAUGCAUAAAGAAAGAACGAAGUUGUUUUGCUCAAUUCCAUAGGAAAUGAGAGAGAGUAUCAUUUCAAAUAAUAUAAGUUAUGAAAGGUAGUAUAUAAGAUUUCAUAUAUAUCAAAUAAUGAUCAUUCCAUCUCAACCUCCUUUUUUAUUAUUAGUUCAUCUGAUAUUUCCAAUUAGAAUUUUAUCAAGUAUGCUGACAUUAUUUUAGUGAGGUUGGGUGCUGGGCUAGGUGCAAAUGUCUUUCUGUAGUGUCAUGUGGCCUCAUAAAAUAGAAAAUAUUCUUUAUAAAUAUCAACAGAAUUAUUAUAUUUAAUUUUACACUGUAUUUUGUUUACUGUAUCCUCAUACUUUGUUUAUUAUCAUAGUUAGGUAUAUCUGUCCUAUCAUGUUCACUUGACAAAAAUUUUGGCCUAAUAUUUCCAACCAAUAUAUUUCAAAUGGUAAAUUUUUCUUUUUUAUAAUAUUAUUGUCAUUCUGUUGAUAUUUAAAUUCUUGACAAUGUACCAGAUUAAAUUGUACAUCAUAUUGGUUUGUAAUCUUAUUAGAAUGUCAAUUAUAAUGUUUGUACUAUCAUU